UCUGUCUGAACUGCUGAAGAAUAUUGCAGGGAACAUGCUGGACUUGAGCUUCCUGACUGAGGAGGAGUAUGAGAAACUGAUGAAGGUUCUGCAGAGAGAUGCAGAGCUGAAGAAGAAAGAUGGGGAUCGCAUCAGGCGGAUACAAGGCUCCAUCAAGGAUGAAAAGAAGAAGAAGUUUGUGACAGGUGAAUGGUUUUCAGAAGUGAAGGCAAAACGGUUUCAAGAAGACUUAGAGGGAUCGGAUCUGCUUCGAGCAUCCAUCAGAAGGAAAAAGGGGAAGCUAGAAAAUGAUGGAAUUGAGUGCACCCUCAGCAAGUUUGCUGGUGACACCAAGCUGAGUGGUGCAGCUGAUGCAACAGAGAAAGUGAUGACAUCCAGAGGGACUUUGAUGAACUGGAAAGAUGAGGUCAACGAGCACAUCCAGAGGAGUCUGGAAAGCAAAGAUACCCCAGGUCCUCCCUUCCAUGAGCAUGCCGCUGGCACAGGAGAGGAGAGAUCCAGCACACCUGCUCUUGAUGCAGCAAAGGAGCAUAAAAUCUUGCCAAAACCAAAGCCGAGACUUUCUGACCUGCUGUCUGCAUCACACAAGAGAUCCAGUAUACAUGAUGUUUCUUCCUCGGAGAGUGACACUGGAGCAAGUCCAUUUGCAGCUGCAACAGCUAGCUUGCAUUUGUCUAGAAAAGGUAAUGGACUAUCUCCACCGCCUGCCAAGCUUUCAGAGGAUGCUGUGCUGCAGCCCAGCUGUGCAGCUGGAGAAGCUGCUGAUGGGGCCACUGGCACCACAGUAGGACCAAAAAGUCCAUCCGAAGAAGCUUAUGCUCCCAGCAGGAUACCCAUUAAGAGGAAACCAAGCAGAACUCUCUCCAGAUCAGAGCAGUUUGUGAAUCACCUGGGGCCAGCAGAGAACAGCCUUGAAAAGAGAGAGCUACUGGCAAGCCCCGGAUUACUGACUACAGAGGGGGAAAGCAGGCAGGCAGUGAAGCCAGCUGUGAACUAUACAAUCUCAUCAAUGAGUAAUAAAGAGGAGGACAUUGGCCUUGAUCGUGAGCACUUCAAGAAUUUGAAGGACUUCUGGGAGAAGGGAGCAGACUCUGUGAUGAUGGGAAGCGUGCCUGAGUCCCCGUGCUCGCUGGAGGCAGACGGUCAGCAGUUCAAGCUGUGCCGCUCGCUCUCUGUGCAGUCAGGCCAUGGCCAGAGCAGUGAAGAAAAACCUGGGGCCUUCACCAAAACAAGAACCCCUUACAAAAGGACGAUAACUUUAUCUUCCAGUGAGGAAGAACCAAGCUAUGUAGCUCCUGUAAGGAAGGGAUCCGUUUCCAUUGCUCCGAGGUCUACGUACACCAAGAGCAAAGGAGGCCUGGUUACAAGAAAUAAUUCACUGGGCGAAAGCAAUGGGAAGCCAUCAGUGCUAGAGGAAGAGAAGGCAGCGCAGCGCAGCUCCAAGAAAUCCAGAUUGCCUGUGCGAGUGCCUUCCAUCAAAAUCGAGUCGCCUACCAAGGAAGUAUCUGGCAGCACGUAUGAGCCAGAGACGCCUACAGAGAAGUUCAUCGUGGCAGAGGAGCGCAAGCGCGCAGCGAGCUCUUUGGCAAGCAGGGUGCAGAUACUGAUUGAGCCUGCGCUUGCCGGUGGUGACAAAGAUGAUGAGAAAGCACAAAGAGCUGAUGUUGGCGCUCAUGACAACAUGGAAAUAAAUGGAGAGCUACCUGAGGAAAAAACAUGCCAGUCUUCAGAACAGCCAACAGCCAGUGCGCCGGCCGAAGGGAGAGAAGCUGAUCAGAGGAUGGACUUGUCUGUUCGCUCAGAAGAAGAUGGAGAUCAUUCUCCUGCUGCUCAGGCCUUGGCCCGAGCAAAUAGCAUUAAUCUUGCAAAGAGCAUGGUGAACAUUUACACGACCACAGAGACGUACAAUAAACCUCUUUUGAUACCCCAUCAAUUUCUUGAACCUGAAAGAGUCAAAGAGCUGAGCAGAUCCUCUCCGCUCCUGUUGUCUGAGACAGAAUCAGACACGGCUUCGGAAAUCAGCUUCCAGUUUAGCAAGCACAAAAAGACUCCUAGCAUUGGCAGCCACUCCUCCGACAUGGCAUCUGUCUCCUCGGUGAGUGGCAGUGUGCUCAGUGUGUACAGUGGUGAUUUUGGGAGUGUGGAUGCCCAGGGUACUGUGGAAUUUGCACUAGACUAUGAUGAGAAGAACCGGGAGUUCCAGGUUCAUGUGUCCCAGUGCAAGGACCUGGCUGUUGUGGAUGAGAAGAAAGACAGAACUGACCCGUAUGUCAAAACUUACCUGCUCCCAGACAAAGCUAGAAUGGGUAAGAGGAAAACCUCAGUGAAGAAAAGGACAGUGAAUCCCAUUUACAAUGAAGUGUUACGGUAUAAAAUAGAGAAAAUGGUAUUGCUGAUCCAAAAAUUAAAUCUCUCUGUUUGGCACAAUGACCCACUGGGACGUAAUAGUUUCUUGGGAGAGAUCGAAUUAGACUUGGCCAGCUGGGACUGGAGCAACCGGAAACUCAACUGGUACCCACUGAAGCCCCGGAGUCUUUCUGCUGUUAACGGUGCGGGUCAUCGAGGAGUGAUGAAUUUGUCUAUUAAGUAUGUCCCUCCAGGAAGCCUAGGUCCCAAGAAUCCUCCCUCUGGUGAAGUUCACAUUUGGGUCAAAGAUGUCAAGGACCUUCUGCAGUUGCGUCCUUCUGGAGUUGACUCCUUUGUGAAAUGCUAUGUGCUUCCAGACACGAGUAAGAAGAGCUACCAAAAGACCCGAGUCGUAAAAAGAGACACAAACCCUGUUUUCAAUCAUACUAUUGUGUAUGAUGGCUUUCAUACAGAGGAUUUGAAGGAUGCUUGUGUUGAACUGACAGUGUGGGAUCAUGAAAAACUAACCAACCAUUUCCUUGGAGGAAUCAGGCUGGGCCUUGGGACAGGUUUGAGCUAUGGCAUCCCCGUGGACUGGAUGGACUCCACACAAGAGGAGGUGGCCUUUUGGCAGGAGAUGAUGUCUGCUACCAAUGAAUGGAUCGAGGGGUUGUUGCCACUACGCUCGUUGGCAGGGAGGAAAAAACUGAAAUAACCAUCUAUAUGUUCUAGAGCAAGGCUGAACGUGUUUGUUAGAUAUAGGAAACUUCCUACCCUGAGGUGAUAGAGACCAUGGGGCUGGCAAGUGUAAGGUUAGUAAGGCAACUGAUGGGCAGCACUUUGGAGAUGUUAAAUGUUAACUAUUUGUUCCCUGACAGAGGACCUGGAAAGUGCCAAACUGAUGCUAUACUUGACUUUGAACAAGAAGAAACAUUACCUUUUUAUUUAAUGAGUGUAUUUGAAUUCCAUUAAGCGCUGGCAACAUUGGCAGGGAAGAGGAGGUCCAUAUAUUUAUUUAUUUUUUUACUCUUUCUUUGUACUAUUUUUUUUUCUUUUUAAUCCAUGCAGAGAUGUAGUUGUACUAAAGCUGCACUGUGGUAUUACUCAUAUUUACCUGCAAGUGGUACAGUUUGUACUUGAUGUAGAAUUGCUCCAAGUCACUAGCCAGCAGAGUCUGAGAAUGAGAGCUUUGCAUUUGUUGCUGGUGGCAACACAUCUGUACCAUGAAAGAAAUUGAGAUCCAAGGUGAAUCUAAAGAAAGAGAGGACUGUUUGAAGCAGAAAAUGAAGCAAGUCGAGGAGGAUAACCAGGAAUUCAAUACAUUAAAUCCAUUCUGCUUUAAUACAAAAGAGAGAAGAGAUGGUCCUGAAGCUAGUGGGAUUUUGCAAUCAGAAGCUGCUUUCCUAGCUUUCCCACAGGCUUCCUCAGUGACCUCAGGCAAGUUACUCUAUUGAAACACAGUUUCAGUGCAAUAUAAAUUGAAGCGCUUGCCUAGAUGUAAAAUAUCAUCAUGUUGCUCAUGGACCUAAUAGCGCCUUUGAAAUGCCUUGUGUGCAAAACAUUUCAAUAUAAAAUAAUGAUGUAGGUCUCGUAGAACAGUCUCGUGUUAGCCUGGCAUAAUGGGUCAGGAAAAAAGGUCAGAACUACAGCGGAAUGCAGGAGAUCCUGGGAGAGGUAAGCAGGGCAUGAAUGAAUGCCAAGGGAAGCUGCAGAGCUGAGGCCUGGGGCAACAUCCUGCCUCCAUGUAUCCUGCUCCCCUUCUGGUCUGCCUCUCUCCUGAUGCCUCUCACUUGGUUGUCCAGAGCUGGAGCAACCUUCUUGCCAGUAAUUGCAACAGCUUUGUGUCUGGCGCAUUUACAGUGGUAGAGUGAUGUUAUGAAUGCAUUUUGAAAUGCAGCUCUGUAAUCCGUACUUUGGAUGUACAUAUUGUGAUUAAAUAGAAUGUUUUUCUUUAGUCAUCAGCUGGUCUCCUUGUGCCUGUCUUUAGCGUGGUCUGAGUAAUGACAUCACAAGCAAAAGAGGUGUUCUAUUUUAUCAUGUCAGAAUGAACCUUUUUUGCCCAAGGGUAAGUGAAAUGUGGAGAAAUGUAUAUUUUUUGUAGUUGUCCCACCUCCGACUUUUGUUCUGUGAAUAUUUUGGUAUUCUUUAAUGUGUUGAUUUUAUUUUUUAACUCAAGCAGAACUAUUUUCAGCUUAGUGAAAAUGGUUCUAAAUAAAUGAAAGAAAAUUUUAUGGCUAAAAUAACAAGAGUUUUUCAUGAAAUGAGGACAUCUGGGAGAUAAUCAGCAGCUUUCAUGGCAAACAACAAAGAUGAUGUUUUUGCAAUUGGAAAAAGAUAAUACUUGAAAAUGUACCAAUUAUGGCACUGAAAGCACUAAGAGAAAGUCCGUAGAACAGCAGAAUUAAUUAAUGACUAACCUAACGAAGGACUUGGUCUGCACAGCAUGUCAGCCCAAAGAGACUUUAUAUGGGCUCUAGCCUUGCAUCAUUUGUUCACCAAGGUUUGCUCCUUUAGUACCUCCAUGAAAUAAAAUAGCAAUACUGGGCCUAAGGCAACGGUUUUAAAUAAUUAGCCUUGCCUGUUUUGAUGCUGAACAUGUGAAUAUUUAUGCAUACAUAUAAGAUUUCCACGAAGAGGCCUGCUUGCUGGUGGCUUGUUGCAGUGUUACCUGCAGGUCUGCCGCUCUCACCCCAAACGCUUCCUUAUCCCACAGUGCUCCUCCCAGGGGGGUUUCUGCUGUGCCUGCAGGUGUGGGUGGUGCUGCUGGGGCUUUCGGCCCACGUGAGCCCAGCUCUUCCUCCAGAGGUUUAUCUGACUGCUUUCCAUUGCAAGCACAGAGGCAUCCCUCCUGCUCCGCCUCACGUGCAGUAUUAGCACACGUGGUUGGGGCCAGCACUGCUGUUACACAAAUAGAGCUGGAAGUGUUUGUUUAGUCUUUCAGAAAAUGAAGGUCUUUUUCACCAGUGGUGCCAACAAAGGGGGAAAAAGGGUGUCAGUGGGCCAGCUUCCUCCUGGAGCAGUGGCUGCUAUGGUCUUGGCCCAGCACUUUGUGAACAGGCUGUUUCUGUAUUCAGACUUCUUUCAGGAUUUUUGUUAAUCUUUCAGUAGCUUGUUUAUUUAAAUUAAGCCCUGAUUAACUUAAGGAGCUUUCUUUGGCAUUUCGUGGUUUAUCAGAGUAAAAGAUUACACUGCCAAACCACAUACACAUUUGCGACACAGCUGUAUCUGAGGCAGUAAAAUUUGCCAUGUCUUAUCUGUUUCACUUUCUAUGCAGAAAGCACUUUAUCAGGAAAAAAAACAACAACUAAGGCACUUUCAGUGUCAGUGACACAUGGGGGAGCGGAGGAGCUUGUGAGUAGGUUAAUGCCAGUUUGUGCAUGGCUUGUGAUGCUGACAUUUGUUGUCUAUGCCUGCUACACACGUAAACUCAGGGCCAUAGGCUAAUGAUAAUGAGAUUGUUUAAAAAAAAAAGUUGAAAAAUUUCUGACUGUUUACUAGUUCAUUGCAGGGUGAGUUAAGCAAAGUUUCAUAAGAAGAUAUAUGAAGGUAUAAAGACUCAAUGCAUGUGGCAAAUGUGUUUUAAAACUCACUUCUGUGGCUACAAGCAGGCAGGUACCAGUGCCACGUGUGCCGGCAGGGAUCUGUGCCGACGCAGCUCAUGGGGCCAAGUCCUGCGGUCACUGCUCUCUGCUGGGUACAGAGGUAACCCCAGGGACUGGGCAGGCUGAUGGGCUGCAGGGUGGAACCUUCUGGCACAAACUGCUUAAAAUAAAAGAAAAAUUUCAGUGUCUGCAGUUGAGUUGGGCAACUACUUUCUAUGAAUGGUCUGCAUUUGAAAAUAAAUGCGCUUCUUUCAAGUUUAUACAUUAUAUAACCUUUUCUUGGAGAUCUUACAAGCAAGAAGAGAAGGGAAGGCAAGAUUCUGGAAAGUAUUUCUUCCUCCUCGUGCACGUAUAAUGUGUGGCCUAUGUGCUUUCAAAACUGUUCAUUAUUACAGGUAUCAGAAGCUAUCAAAAAUAAUGCAGAAACUAACUAAAGAAAAAAAUAACUGCUGAAUCUUGAACAACAUCCAGUGAAUGAGUGUCUUAGAGGAGAUGGAAAAAAAGUGGUUAAUUAUCCAUUACUAAAUAUUUGCUCAGCUUUAUCCUUCAUCAAGACAGGAAAAAAAAUGAAAUAGUGUGAUGAUUCAGGGAGAAAAUUAUGCUGCCUGAAUAAACCCAUGUAGUAACAUCGAUUGAAAUGAGAUCUACUGUAUUUUUGAAGGCUUGUUAAACUGACUCAAAAAUGUAUCAAAUAGAAAACCUGAAUAAAGAAACACACUUCUGUUCCUGAUAA